AUGCUUGCAUCCUCGCCUCUAUCAUUCUCUCCUCCUGCGAGCCCACUGAGAACGACAACCGGCGCGUCGAAGGGCAACGCAAGAGCAGCUCCCGUUCCUGAUGGUGCUGUGAGAGGAUUUGCCACCGUUGGCAGCCUCAUACGCUCCGAGCACUUCACGAGCCGUCUUGACGACGACUUCGAUGCGAUACAACAAGCGCAUUCUCGGCGGGAGUCGCAGGUUGAUGUAGAGCCUAUAUUGGUUGUGGAGAAGCCUACAAAGCGGUCUACAAAGAAGGCUACUACUACUGCUGCUGCAGACGGAUCCGAGAAGCCCAAAACGAAGCCUCGAGCGCGCAAACCGAAGCCCAAAUCAGACAAAGAGAUCCUCAACUCGGAUGACGAACUCCGAUGCCCAGCACAACGACUUACAAAGUCCCCUUUCUUCGACGAGAAGGCGUCAGAAGCUCCGGUCGAGCCUACGGACGAAGCCUCCAAUGCGCCGAAGCUGACCAAGUCGGGCAGGCCUCGGAAGCCGCGUGCAAAGAAGCAGAAAAGCGAUGAAGGAGGAGUAGAGUCUGCGCCGAAGCCUAAGAAACCAAGAGUCACAAGAGUGAAAGCAGGGGCGGGCAAAGACGGGAAGGGUAAGGGCAAAGAUACGCCGCUUGUGUCUGCGCAUUUCCCAGAGGAAGCAGACAGAGGCGAGGGGUCGGCAACACGGCCUUCUGUAGAGGCUCAAGAUGCUCGCAUCGAGUAUCCAUCGAUCUGGGAGGUGCCUGAAAGCCCACGGCCGAAGACGAAGGCUGCGCCAAAACAGCGUCAGCCAGAUUCCAUUACAGAAGGAUUAGACUUGGAGGAGGCUGUCGUAAGGAGACGAGAUUGGACGCCGCCACCCGACACAACAAUCCCAUCGCCGUUCACCGACUCAACCGGAAAGGAAAACAAGGCGCUAACGCAUAACGCUGAUGGUACCUUCACAAAUCUGCUCUCCAACUUUGCUUAUACACAGUCACCAUCUGCUCAAGUCACCGCGAAGUCGGCCAACACAAGUACGGAAGUAGCGGCAGCGACUAAGCGUCGGAGAAUCGAGCUCGUCGAGAUACCUAGCAACCAGGCCAACUCUAGAGACUCCUCGCCUGAGAAGGGUAAAGCACCAAAGAAGAAACCACGUACGAUCACGGAUCUUGUUACGGAACAGUAUGCAUUGAAGGAUGCAGAACCGAAUCCGAACGAUGUAACCAGCAACUUCUUUGAGUCUCGGUCUUCAACAACUACAACAACGGUGCCAUUGAACGACACGGCCACAACCGAUGGCAGCGUAGUACCGAAGAAGCCAGUACGGAGGCGCAAUAGCUCCAAGUCAGGUACAGAGAAGGCCGACUCUAAGCCGAGAUCGAAGAAAGCAUCUGCGAAAGCUGCCGCUAAGCCUAAGCCUGUUGCGGAGAAGUUGCUCAGCCCUUCAUCUGCAAUGUCGCGUUUGCAGAAUCAAGAUGUUCUGUUCGGAACAUCAAGUCAGCUUGCGCUCGAGGAGUCACCCACCAUGGUGCGCCAAAUCCAAUUUGCAAUGAAGGAGUCGGAGCAGGACGUCAACAAUCUUGACAUCUUUGCAUAUGGCGCACCGCCACGGUGGCCACGGCUCAGCAGGGUUGAAGGCAAACGAGGGCUCUGGGCUGCGAGUGCACGAGAUGACAAAGGCGGUAUGCUUGAGCACCGAGAAGACGUUUAUAUACCAGAGCCAGAUCGAACGCAAGACAUCCCUUUGCUCAUGGACGGCACUAUCGACGUGCCUGACGCAGAGUCUGAUGAUCAAUCUACAUUCAUAGAUAUCGACGACAUACCUCCAGAUCCCCCUCCAGCAAUCCCUAUAUCUUCUGACUUGCCAACGCCACUCGACGCCACUUCCCGUGCCUCCCCAACUUUGGAGCUUCAUAAAAACGAUCGUCCAAUGGAAGAUACGAGCUUCGAGGACAUUGACAACUUCACGCAAGUGCCGCCACCUUCGAACCAAAACGCCGAAUCACCGAAUAGCUUUGUUGACAUUGAUGACUUCGACUUCCCACCCUCCGCCCAAAUGCGAAAAUCACCUGUUCUGAAGUUAAGACCCCCAGCUUCAGCACCACCAAGCAAAAUCAGCUCACCAAAGAAGCGCGGAAGGCUACCGAAGUCAUACCCUGCAGUACCUACGUCAGUCUCGGCAUCUUCCACACCAAUUUUGGAGCCCUUACCCCCGAAACCCAAGGUGAAGGCAAACACCAGUGUUAAGACGCCUUCAACCCCACCAAGAGGGUCAGGCCGCUUCAUUGACAUUGAAGAAAUUCUUGAUUCUGAAGAUGAAGCUCUCCAAGUACUUUCACCUACAUCACCACGAAUACGAAAACAUGUUGAUUCUGAACCUCUACCCUUGAUCUCUCUCUCACCCACCACUUCGCCUGGUAAAACCAAAAAAAGCACUACGACCAAGACCAAGUCGCUGGCGGCUGACCCAGCUCUGACACCUAUACACCGCAUAUCAAGCAACCUACUAGAGUGGGUUCAUAUCAAACAAAGCAUUUUCUCACAGAUAUCGACGCAUAUCCGCUCGCUACCUCCUACUACAGAUCCCAUGAAGCCUACCUGGCACGAGAAGAUCCUCAUGUAUGAUCCCAUCGUUCUUGAAGACUUCACCGCGUACUUGAACGCCAACACGUCGAUACGCGUGUUUAAGAAAGCAACGCAGAAGCAGAUCAAAGCCUGGAACUCAGACUUGAAGAUCAGAGGCGAGGCGGCGAUGAGUAUUGAGAAGGACGGAGAUGAUUUGCUCGUAGUAGAGAAGGAGUUAGAGGGAUACAUGGCGCAAGGGUGGUGUGAGAGUCUGAGUAUAUGCUGUAUUUGGGGAGAAGGGCGGGGCAAGGGCGGUGCGCGGAAGGGCUUUUACUGA